AUGUAUACUUCGUCACCUCACUCCAAUAGAUUCUUGUUAGCACAAUAUUCAAGUCAUCAGCAUUACCAUCGAUUUGCGUCUGGCAUUCCAGAUAAUAAUCAAGUUAGCAAGAACAGUCCCUCACUUACUAAUGAGUUUAAAAUUUCUAAAAAAACUAUGCAGUCGAAGCAAGUGUUUGAAGAUUCAGUCGAGCAUCAUAUACUUGUUUCUGCUCUGCAUUUUAUCAAAGAUACCUCUCGCCUUUCUGACUUGGCUUCAAAUGUGAGUAAAUUUUCGUUGGUUUAUCGGCAAGCAGCUCUUGGAGUGAUAAUUGAAAACCUUUAUAAUGCUGGAAAAAUUGCCAAAUGUAUUCAGCUCUGCUCAGGCGAAUCUGUUUCUGACUACCAUAUCCAACCCAAUGGAAGGAUAUUUGAUACUCUCAUUAUUAAAGCAUGUCUCGAAGGCUCUUUCCAAGACAUCCAGGUAGCAAAAGAUUUGACCAAACUCGCCAUACUACGAAAAAUCAAACUAGGUACCCCAGCCAUUUCCAUUCUUAUUGAGAAGCUCGAUCAAAGCAAUGAUUGGGAUAGUCUCCAAUUGCUAUGGAAGCAUGUUAUGCUUAGUAACGGAUCAAUUGAUGACAUAUCUGCAAAUGCCUCGAUCGGGUUUCUUCAUUUACAUAUCCACUUGGCAAAACAAAUCCUUAAUCCAAUCAAAUACGUUGAUCUUAUUUUAAUGGAAGAUUCUUCCAAGAGUGAUACAUUGUCUAUUUCGUCCCAGCAUCUCAAGGCAAUGGAUGAGCUGCUUCAAGCUCGAUCGGUUGAGGACAUGACCAUGCAUGCACUUUACAUGCUUGUGCAAACGCUAAUCCGUCUUAACUGGAAACACGAAGCAAUGAACUUGGAAAGACUGGUAGUGAUUGCCUAUUCGAGUCACGGACUAAAGCAUUCAAUGUUUGCUGAAUUGCGACGGUUUGUGAAUUCAUCGUAUUCGGAGCAAAGAAUUAAAGAGGAUCGAUUUGGAAAACGUCUUCUAGAGUUUGCUGGCGAGAAUUGGUCCAGAGAGCAGUGGUAUCGAGUCAGUAUGAAGCUACUACAUACCCUGAUUGUCAAGGGGUGGGUCCAGGAGGCAGGCCAGGUGUCCAGAGCCAUACGAAAACUCUACAGCAAUUUGAAUGAGCUAAUCCAAGAAAUCGGAAAAGACAAUCUACAAAAUCCCAUGGCAGCCGUGUUUUUGUUACGGCUAUCAGUAUCUGAAAGCAGGCUGGUUGUGAAAAGGGAUAUUUUUUCAACCAUGCAAAAACUGGUCCGUCAGUUGCAAGAAAAACACUCUGCUCAAAAGGUGAUGGCAUUUUUCGGAAAUGCUAUGCAGACUAUUUAUGGUGAUGGAACAAAUGCCAAUGCUGUAAUUUUAUGCGAUGCAAUGCUGCAAGGAAUGCUGGAUACAUUCAUGACAAGUUGGGAUGCAAAAGAUAUUUUUGAAUUGGUGUUUAGGUAUUGGAUCAAAGCACCUUCAAGACUAGUACAGAUCCUAAUCCUUCAUGUAGAAUCGAAAAAGUGGACGGAUAUCUCCAAAUCAAUUCAAACUUGGGCUACUGACUAA